AUGGGCUGCACCCUGUUGCCGGGCGACGCUUUCGUGGUUGGCGCCAGUGAGGACGGCCGCCUGUGCUACUGGGAGCUGGUGGACGCGCAGCUUCUGCUCAGCUUCCAGGCCCACCGCGGCCCCGUGUGCAGCGUCGCCGUGCCCUUCAUGACGGUCGUGCUCGUCCACAGCCGGGGCCGUGUUGGUGCGUCCGUGGAGGACCUUUUUGGGAGUGGCCCAGAAGAGCCGCUGAACUGCAUCCUUGAUGCGUGGCCAUUUACCGAGGCCGAGGUCGGGUCCCUCUUCAGCAUCCUGGUUGCGUGCGGCUUCGUCACCAAGGUCAGCAGCAUGUGGAACGCGAUCAGCCACAUCUCCUGGAUCGGCAUGCGCUUGAAAGCCAACCCCCUGGGCUGCAACCGGAACCACCGCGUGGCGCCGUUCUGGCUGAGCGAGAAGGUGAACGACCAGCACAGCCUGCGGCAGUCUUUGCUGGACGAGUGCGGCAACACGGCUCUGGCAGAAGAGCUGCACCUCAGCCGGGGGAUCCUGGCUCUCGCCCUGGCACUGCUGCGAGGCGCCGUCACGCCCGAACACGCAUGCCUGGAGGGGCUUGCUCCUGGCGACCGCAUUCCCAUCGUUCCUGGCCGCAACGCCUGGGCCGUCUUCUGCCAGGUUCGCCCCGGCGGCAUGGUGCUGCCCAGCGUGCCCAUGACAGCUGCGCAGCUGCUGACGCACAUCGCGCAUUUCAAGGCUGCAGGCGGUGCGAAGCAUGUCGCCGCCGGCCUGAGGGCCUUCCGCCGGUCCCUGCCCAACCACGUCGUGGCCCCCAUCAUGGCUGAGCAGCGGCUGCCGGCCCUGGAGCCGUCGGUGCAGCUGAUCGGGCGCAACGGCGGCUGGACCGAUGUGACCACGGUUCGCGGCGUGUACGUUGCGCCCGCCACAGACCUAGCAAACCCCUGA